AUGAUUCCAAAACAUAUUGCGCCAGUCAUUGUCGCUGUGAACUACUCCAUGCGAACAGAGAAUUUCCAGAGCAUUGCCACCCAGCAGGGCCAUCCUGCGCCAUACGGCGAGCAACAACUUCCACAGAUCCAGCUUCCUGGUAGCCAAGACUCCAACUACGGUGCACCUCAACAUGACUGUGGUAACUCGCCCUGUCCCACGCAACAUCAGUACGUGCCAGUAGGGGAGAAUGCCUCGUACUACGGCGCUGUACCCACUCAUGACCAAUGUGGGAACGUUGUUGGCCUUGGCGGUCCGCAAGACGACAAAGGUCUUGGCUCGACAGUCAUCGGUGGUGCUGCUGGUGGUUACGCUGGCCACAAGUUGGGAGCAGGAUUCCUAGGGAGCGCGGUUGGAGCGGUGCUGGGAGCUGUUGGCAUGAACGCGGCAACCCAUCAAGUGUGA